UUUCCUCACACACUUCCUAGCUUCAACUUUUCAAAGGAGAUUGUCAGCAUCGUGAACUCAAGGGCCGUGGCGUGCAACCAUUGCCCUUCUAUGUAUGAAUAAACAGGAAAGGCAUUCAAUUCCACCGCUUCCUGUCCUGCCAUCCAUCUCCACCCCAACAAAACACCACCCGAAAGCCAAAGCCAAUCGCUUUUUCCUGCCAACCAACCGCUCCCUUUGUAAACACGAUCUGAGGGCCACACCCACACCCACACCCAAUACCAGCUCUUUCUGGCAAGCCCUACCCUCCCCUAAACUUAUCUUCUCUUCACAAAGUUGUUUUGAUUGACCAUCUUCUUAACGCACUUUAUCUCAAACUUUUGUUGCCCACAACCAGAUAUUAUCCUUCAAAACUAAAAUUAGAGGCUCUGAUUGAAACCAUGACUAUGAUAUUUUUGUAAAAGAGCAGAUAUUGAAACCAUGACUAUGAUAUUUUUGUAAAAGAGCAGAUAUGUGUGGCUAUGUAAAAGAAAAGGUGUUGAAUGCAUUCCAAGUUAGCUAGGGGAUAAGCAUGCAGUGUAGUGCUUUUUCACACUUACCAAGCAUUUAUAGCAAAAGCGUUUCAAGAAGAAGAAAAAAAAAAAAAAAAUACUGUACAGGGUUGUGGUAUCCUUAGUUUUGAAGCUGAAAAGGGAAAAUGGAUGCAGAUAAGCACUAGGGAUGGACUGGAAAAAGCCACACGUUAGCGAACUCCAUUGGUCUUCCAUGCAGAAACUCGUUUCACACUUUUCUUACUUACCUUACCCGCCUAUAUAUUCUGUUCUAUUUUCCUGUGUGGUAUUCAGGAGAAUGAAUGGACAAAAGUUAUGGAGAGAGAGGAGUAUUUCAUAGUACCAAAUUUGGAGACCGCAGCAGUAGCCUCUUCACAGACAUGUUCAACUCCUAGGAGGAGGAGGAAGAAGAAAACCAACAACAUGAACAAAAGAAGGUUUAGUGAUGAACAAAUCAGGUCACUGGAGUCCAUAUUUUACUCAUCGGAUUCAAAGCUCGAUUCCAGGAAGAAGGUGCAGCUUGCAACAGAGUUGGGACUGCAACCUCGCCAAAUUGCUAUAUGGUUUCAGAAUAGAAGGGCAAGAUGGAAGUCCAAGGAGAUGGAGAACAAUUUCAGGAGCCUCAGAGCUAAUUAUGACAAUCUAGCAUCUCAGUUUAAAACAUUACAGGAAGAGAAGAACUCCUUGCUCUCACAGUUGCAGAAGCUAAGCGAGCUUGUUCAAGAAGGACCUCGUGAGGGCCAUUAUUCCAAUGAGAUUGCAAAAACCAUUUACGAGACAAAAGAAAAGCCACAAAGCUUCCAUGAUGAACUAGGACAGAGUGGAGUCACGUAUUUGAACAAUAAUUAUAACACAGACAAGAGGGGUACAGAGAAUGGAGAAGGUGAUCGAGGACUUGAAAUGACCCAUUCGUCGGAAGGCAUAAGCAACGACAUAAGCCAUGCGGUGGAGCAAGCAUGUCAACUUUUGAACCCGAAUAGUUCGUUUGAAUCAUCAGAAAAUUGGUGCGGCUUUGAUUCGGAUGGGGGUGGUAUCAUAUUUGAAUGUCAGCCGUGUAGCAGUUUGCAGGAGCUAAGUUUCUGGGGAUGAGAGGAAUCCAAACUCAACUAAAGAUUAGCUCCCAAAUGUUCGUUCUUAUUACUACUACAUCCACUUAGGAACUUAACAAAGUACCAACGCAACUUGCAAUGGCUAAAUUUGAGGGGAUUCCAAAGUAUACUAAAGAUUGGCUCCUAAAUAUUGGUCUUAUUACUACCAGGUGGAAGAUUACCAAUUAGAGUUGAUUACCACGAACUAAUCCGAGAAACUGUCAUCACCUAGUUGAUUUGUAAUCGUUUACUACGUAAAUAAAAUCAAAAUCCUAGUUCCAACA